GUCACGGGAUUUUUACCAAUAACCGCCUUAAGGUUUAAAGGUCGCUCGCCACUGUAAUUCGUGUGAAUUCCAUUUACUCCCUUUUGUUCCUUUUCCCUCCUCCAACAGCUUCCAUGGCUUCUACUGCUCAAAAGCGUUUGCAUCAGUUGACUAAUAUCAUCCACCCUACCACGUCGGUAGCCAGCUUCAGAACGAAGCUACCUCCAACUGCAACAGUAGAUUAUACUCCACUUAAUCCAGUCAAUUUUCUCCUCCGUUCUGCACAAAUCUAUCCGAAUAAGACGGCUAUCAUCUAUGGGCAAAAACGAUAUAGCUACGUGGAUUUCGCACUUCGGGUUAAGAACUUUGCAACCGCUUUGGUCAAUCACUACAAGAUCAAACCAGGCGAAAGGGUGGCUAUUUUAUGUCCAAACACGCCUCCGAUCCUCGAAGCCCACUUUGCCAUUCCAGCAGCUAGAGCGGUUAUUACCGCAAUUAAUUAUCGACUGAAUGCCGAGGAAGUAAAUUACAUUAUCCAUCACUCCGAGGCAAAGCUGUUUAUCAUCGAUGCCGAAUACAAACACUUGAUCCCGGCGAACCUGAAUAUUCCAGUUAUUUUCAUAACGGAAGAGGCUAAGGAUCCCUACGAAGAGAUGCUGAGGCUGGGAGAAAGCGGUCGCUGGCAGGAUCUAGAACUUGUGGCAGAUGAAAGGGAAGUCUUUGGCUUCAGCUAUACGUCUGGUUCAACUGGUAAACCUAAGGGUGUGCGUCAUGCUUAUAGGGGUGCAUAUCUAUCCGCUCUAUCUCUCAGUGUCCAUGCUCAAAUGUCUGCCGAGACCGUUUACAUGUGGACAUUACCUAUGUUCCACUGCAAUGGUUGGCAGUUUCCUUGGGCAGUGACGGCGGUCGGCGGUACACACAUCAUGUUGCGUAAAAUCGACUACGACCAAAUCUGGCAUCAUUUACUUUACGAUGGCGUAACACAAUAUAACGGUGCACCCACUUUGCAGACAGAAAUCGUCAAUCAUCCAGCAGCAAAGCCGCUCCAUCGCAAAGUCACUGUGCAUACAGGUGGUUCGUCCCCUUCCAGUGUUCUUCUGAAGGAACUGGAGGGUCUCAACAUUCAUGCACGACAUAUCUAUGGAUUAACGGAGACGUUCGGCCCUACAGCUGGAACCUACGAUCAAAUCCAAAUCAACCACCUUCCUGAUGAAGAGCGGUAUGUUAUGAUGGCUCGACAAGGGUACGCCGACAUAGUGGCGGACGAAAUGUGUGUUAUGGAUGCAGAGACCGGCAAGGAAGUCCCUAUGGAUGGCAAAACCAUUGGCGAAGUUACCAUCCGGGGUAAUAUUGUCAUGAAGGACUACUACAAGGACCCUGAGGCAACCAAAAAAGCUUUCCGAAACGGCGUCUUCUGGUCUGGAGAUCUCGCCGUGAGACAUCCAGAUGGAGCUGUUGAGAUCAAGGAUCGCUCCAAAGACAUUGUUAUUUCCGGUGGCGAGAAUAUCAGCUCCAUUGAAAUAGAGUCUGUGAUAUUGCAUUUGGAGGAUGUGCUUGAAGUUGCUGUGGUGGCUGGCCCGGACGAGAAGUGGGGUGAACAUCCAGUUGCGUUUGUUGUGCCAAAACAUGGUCGAACCGUGACGGCUGGUAAAGUGAUUUCCUUCUGUAAAAGCCAACUGGCCGGAUUCAAGAUGCCCAAAACGGUCCACAUUGUGUCUGAACUGCCGAAAACAAGCACAGGCAAGACACAGAAGUUUGUGCUGCGAGAACGGCUUUGGAAUGCCAAAGAAAAGAAGGUCAAUUAGAUCGAGCGCUUCUGAUGAUGAAACAAUCUAUUGAAAUAAAACGAUUACGCACACAUUA